AUGUCAGAACGUUAUGGUUUUUCCUUGACAACCUUUAGUCCAUCGGGCAAACUUGUUCAAAUUGAAUAUGCUUUAAACGCUGUCAAUGCAGGUUCACCAGCGGUUGGUAUCAAAGCCUCUAAUGGAGUUGUGUUAGCGACAGAGAAAAAAAGCAAAUCCUUAUUACAUGACGAUCGUACAAUUCAUAAGGUCGAGUCCGUUUGUAAGAACAUGGGCCUUGUCUAUAGUGGCAUGGGCCCUGACUACAGACUACUCGUUCAGAAAGCACGUAAACUAGCACAAGAAUACAUGCUUGUCUACGAAGAAAAUGUACCACCAACACAAUUAGUUAAACGAAUUGCUGAUGUUAUGCAAGAAUAUACUCAAUCCGGUGGUGUACGUCCUUUUGGUGUAUCCUUACUUAUCUGUGGUUAUGAUUACGAUGAAGAUCGACCAUUCUUGUAUCAAUGUGAUCCAUCUGGUUCUUAUUUUCCAUGGAAAGCAACAGCAAUCGGUCGUAAUUUUGUGAAUGGAAAAACAUUUCUCGAAAAACGAUAUUCUGAUCAAUUGGCACUUGAAGAUGCCGUCCACACUGCGAUACUAACAUUGAAAGAAUCGUUCGAAGGACAAAUGACUGAAGAUAAUAUCGAAAUUGGUAUUUGUGAUAAGGAAGGUUUCCGUCGUUUGACACCUGCUGAAGUCAAAGACUAUUUAGCACAAAUUGGUUAA